UAACUCUGUUAGCAUUUCCGGAAAUUAUAUUUAUAGUGAAAGUUUGCAUGUCCAUAUUUUGAAGAUUUGGUUGUAACUAAGUGAUUAAAGAUGAGUGUCUACAGCUUAGCUCCUGGGAACCGGAGCAUUCCUAUGUCUAAUACAACACACAGUGAUAUGAUAAUGGCUAGUUGUUUUAAUAACUUCAUGGUUGCUGCAUGUGUUAGGAGUUCUGUGUUGACAUUUCUAGCUGUCAUCACAGCAUUACUAUGUAUUAUGAAGAUAGUCAAACUACAUUCUAGACAACACCCAUCCUGGCAUCAGUAUAUGAUAUUUUAUACAGCCUCAUUGGAGUGCACUAUUGGAGGAGUCCAUUGGGUGAUAGUAGCCUAUGCACAGAUGGAUUUUGUACUACAGUAUUUAAAGUUGAUACAGUUCUUAGUGAUGUGUCACUACUACUGGACUUUAGCCACCAGAGCUCUCAGGAGGGAAAGAUUAACUAAAUGGGUAUUACUACCAAUGUUGAUAUGUGUGUGUAUAUACUUUACUGUUAUAGCUAUACUUGGUAUAGUCCAUACACAGCCGGCUUUUACAGAAUGUCUACAGCCGUACUGGUUAGAAUUAUCAGCAGCAGAAUUUGUCACUGUACAGUUAUUUGCUAUAGCAGGAUUUUAUAUCACAAAGAGACUUAAUGAGAUCAGUACCCUCGAUUCUGUAAGGUGGUCACAGAAAAGAGAUUUGUGGUGUAUUGUGGUUGUAUUUGAGGUUUCUGCAUUUGUGGGAUUUUUGUAUGAUGCAUUACUUAAGAUAUUGGGAAAUGAAGAUUCUGGCUGUAGCCAUAUAUUUAGAGACCAGCAGGAGUUAUACUCAACAGUAUUUGUCGUCUUUAUGGUGAUGAAGUUACUGCUACCAAUCUGGGUGAUGUUGUUUGUGUUCCAGCCCGCACCACCUAUAAAUGACAGUGAUGAUUUGAUACCAGCACUUAGUGAUGAUGGGAAUUCGGCCUUCAACUCCAGCGUAGAUGAUCACCAGUAUAGACAACUCUACCAUCCAACAGAUGAUUAUGGUGGUUUCCGUGACAACAGUCCUUCUCCCGUUACACCAGGAAGAUCAUCAAGUAAUGCCAAUAUGAAACGAAGUGCUUCUAAUUUAGAUCCUAUCUCAGAGGAAGCAUCUCAUACAGCAGUAACGAAAAAAUCUCAAGAAAAUCAAAAAGAGCCCCCACAAACUGCUGCUCUUCCACAAGAAACCCCGCCCACCAGAGGGAAAUUCUAUAUAUGAUUUUGUAGUUUUGAUCUUUCAGUUUAUAAUUUUUGUUACAAUGUAUAAUUUGUUUUUGAGUAUGUUUGAAUAUGUUAAUGCUCUGUGUUUUUGCAAUAUAAGCAAAGAUUAAUAAAAAUAUAACCCUGCAAUUGAUCGUAAGUUAAUAAACAUUUCAAAAGUAUGAAGAUCUUAAACUGCUAGAAUGAACAUUUAACAAAAGUAAGAUAUUAAGAUCUAUAGAAAAUUUAUAAGCUUUGAUUUUUUAGAUGAAAAUUAUAUUUUUCUGUUAUUUUUUAAAUAUUUAUUAAGUUUUAUUAUUAUUUUUUUAAUACAUUUUCUUCAAUAGCUCUAUACUUUUGUCAGUAAUGUAAUAAAGAGUCUUGAAUGAAAUGUUAUUUCCAGAAAAGCUUGAUGUGGUUUAGUGUGAUAUAUAUUUCAGAGUAGCUGUGUUUGUUAUUUAAAUGUCCCAUUUACUUAAUAUUGAUUAAAUAGUAUACAUAAGCUGUGUUUGUAUUUUAAAUGUCCCAUUUGCUUAAUUAUUGAUGUAUAAAAAGCAUGUAUGAAUGUGAUAGGCAAUAUAGGAGAGGUAUGUAUGAAUGUGAUGUUAAGAUAUUGACUUUGAAUGAAGGGGAAAUGAAAUUUGCAUUAUGUAGACCCUUGACUUCAUUUAUUGUACAUAAUCCUAGUUUUAGAGAUAUUUAUGAUUAAUUAAUUUUUGUUACCCCAACUUAUGGGUUUUGUAUAUUAUAAGACUGAAUGAGAAAAUGAAAUAUAUAUACUAGUGCUAUAAAAGGUAAAUUUAGAGCUUUAUCAUAUACUAUUUAUGAAUUAUACAUGUUAGAUUUUUUCUACCAUAUGUAAAAGUAUAAUUAAUUUUAAAUCACAUUGUAAAAAAGUAAAUAAGCUGCAUUAUUUUCCUUUUUAUCUAGCAUGCCAUUAAUGUAUCAGUUAUAGAAGAGUUGGUGCCUGUAAUGUUGUAAUGUUUCAUUUCCAAUCAAUUAUUUAAAGGUAAAGUAAAACCAACAUGUUUAUGUGUCCGCCUUAGGCAAUAGGGGCAUUAAGUCUUAGCCUUGACUCAAAUUUUAUGAAACUCAUACACAAUUCUUAGGACCACAACACUGAGACAGAGUUCGAGUUUGGGGUGUGAAUCAUUUAUCAUUCUAAAGUUAUGCUCCUUUUAAACUUGGGAAAUUGGAAAGGUUGAGAGGGGGCAUUCCUGUCCUCCCACACCACCUUCUUUUGUUUACUAGUAUUUCCCAUGAAAAAAAAAUCCAUUUCAACGAUAGGAUUCUGAAAAAAAAGGUAAAAAAGUUUUUGGCUUUUUUUGGAAGUUCAAAUAUCUCAGUGGUUAUGGUUAAAUUCGAGAACAUUGGCCAUGUCUCAGUGGUUAUGGUUAAAUUAGAGUACAUGGGCCAUAUCUCAGUAGUUAUGGUUAAAUUAGAGUACAUGGGCCAUAUCUCAGUGGUCAUGGUUAAAUUAGAGUACAUGGGCCAUAUCUCAGUGGUUAUGGUUAAAUUAGAGUACAUGGGCCAUAUCUCAGUGGUUUUGGUUAAAUUAGAGUACAUGGGCCAUAUCUCAGUGGUUAUGGUUAAAUUAGAGUACAUGGGCCACGUCACAGAUUUUCAACAAAUUUUACAAAAACAUACUGUAUUUUAAACUUAAAACUGAAAUUAAAAAAAAAUGAAUUAUAUCUUUUAUUUUCUAAAAGAUUUUUUAAUAAUAUUCUUUCAUACCAAAGGUAUAUUUGUAUAGAAGGCACAUUGUUAUAUAUAAAUAAAUGUUGAAAUCAUAGGUAACAUUUCCUAUGAUAUGUUUAUGAAAAAUCUUAUGAUUUCAUAAUUCUAAGACAAAUUUAAUUCUGUUUAUUUUUGUUGAUUAUUUUCAUGUGCCUUCUAUACAAAUAUAUAGGAGAUUGCUUUUAACCAUGCCACAUAUGAAUCUUUGGUUUAAAUCAAAGUUAUAUCUUGUUUUAAUCAGAAUUACCCUGUUGACAUUUAUUGUGCCAUGUUUAUGAAACAUUUUAUUUUAACUGUAUGUCAAAAAUCAACUAGAGAAAGUGAUAAAUGUGAGAUAUUGAUCACAGGUAUGAAAAGCAGUUUGGAGAAGAGCAUUUUAAACAGUAAUUUUUGGCUGU